UAUUGUUGCAUAUACAAGCUUCUUACUCUUAGCCAUACAUCUUCUUUUUAAACAAAUACUCUUUUUCACUAAUUACUUUGUCUUGUCAAUGGCUCGCACCAAGCAAACUGCAAGGAAAUCAACAGGAGGGAAAGCUCCACGUAAGCAGCUGGCAACCAAGGCCGCUCGGAAAUCAGCUCCGGCGACUGGAGGAGUUAAGAAACCUCACCGUUUCAGGCCAGGAACCGUGGCAUUGAGAGAAAUCAGGAAGUAUCAAAAGAGCACUGAGCUAUUGAUUCGCAAGCUUCCAUUCCAGAGGCUGGUGAGAGAAAUUGCUCAAGAUUUCAAAACAGACCUUAGAUUCCAAAGCAGCGCUGUUGCGGCUCUUCAAGAAGCUGCGGAGGCGUAUUUGGUGGGGCUUUUUGAGGACACCAAUCUCUGUGCUAUCCAUGCCAAGAGAGUAACUAUUAUGCCGAAAGAUAUCCAGCUGGCUCGUAGGAUUAGGGGAGAGAGGGCUUAAUUGUUUUGUUCAUGUCUGCUUUAGUAUGACUAUCUAACUUUCCCUCUAUACAUCUGGGCUGUAAUUCUAUGUAUUUUGGUUUUCGAUGCCUUAGUUACCAUGUAAAACCCUUUGAAGAUUUGAACGAGUAAUUUGAAAAUGGCUUUAGAUUUGGUUCCA